AUGAUUGUAUCUUUGUUAAGUAAUGACAGUGAAUCAGAUAUCGAUGAAUCAAAUAUUGAAUCUAGAAAUAUUAUUAUCGAUUCAAAAAUCACAGACGAGAUUACUACUUCAUAUGAAUUCAAAUUAUUAUCUCGUUUUCAAGGUGAUGAUAUUAUAAGACCCUUACGUGAAAUUACGACUAUAACGGUUAUUAAAGUGAAAGGAACUAAGGAAAUUCUUGGAGGGUGG